UUCGCUGUUCCGCAUCUGAAGAAUAAAGCCACCACUGGGCCCCCACUGGCUGAUGCCGAAUUGUUGGACGCUCAACUCUUCUGCCUCCCUGUAGUUGAUCGUGCGUGCAGCUCCUCGAGCCAUGUCAUUUUCUAAUUUCUCAAAACUUGGAAGUCGUACCUGGGCGAAUCAGCUGAGACGUGAAACGCGUCGAGUUCCUUGCACUUACCCGCCAUGUCAUCAUCCUUGAGGGGCAUUGAGGGGCAUAUAAGAUUGCAUGAUUAGAUGGACUGACCUCCAAGCACCUGUUCACUUACACAGCCAGCAACCAACGGUCCUUUGACAUCGACCCACCAACAACCACACACAAGGAACAGACGUCAUGGCCACCGCUGAGACUGUCGAGCUCUCCGAGCCCCAUGCUCCCAAGGAAGCGUCCAUCCACUCGUUCGAAUCCAUCCUCACGUCGCUGAAGCACGAGCUCGUCAAGCUUCGACAUAACCAUGACAAGCAUGAACCCGAGUACUUCCGCGCUGUGUCCUCGCUUUCUGACUCCGACCUGACUUCCUUUACCCCCGCUGAUGUCGAGACGGUCCGCGUGGGAACCUCGGCCUACGGCUUACACUUGUUCGGCAAGGUCAGGAUCCCCGCGGCCGAAAACGCCUAUAUCCAUGUCCGGGUGUUUAUUGCGGCUGAGGACGGCACCGAUGGAAGUAGCGAGGAGGAGAGGGUCGCGAAGCUGCACUGUAUCCACACCGAGGAAGUCGUGAAGGAUGAUGGCGAUCACGUAUACCGCGCUAUUUUCGGGAAAAAUGAUGAGCUGGAGUGGUUUGACACUUAAUUCUGGAUACCCUUAGCUGAGCGUCUCUCGGCUAACCCUCUAUACUCUGAUUAAUAAAUCUUAUGGGACCUCAUUUGCCAAAAUGUCGUCCACCUUC